AUGAGGAACCCCCACGAGACAGAAUCGAACGGGAGCUAUGUCCAGCUUGAGCAUCACCCAUGGUUCCUUCUUCCUGUGCAAGAACCUAGCAGUCUGCUGGACCAACAUGAAGUUGUCACGGAUGCACCGUUUGCGGAUGAACGCACAUUGUCCUUUCCCAUCGCGGCGGCGCCGGUACAGCGUCCGUCCGUCCAAUCAGGGCGGAGAAUGAGCACCCUCGCGCUCUCGCUGGCCGUGCUGGCGGCGGUGUUCUCCGCUGCAACGGCGGUGGCGGAGUACAACGUGGUGGACUACGGCGCGAGGCCCGGCGGCGGGGCGGACUCGGCGGGCGCGUUCCUGGCCGCGUGGGCGGCGGCGUGCAACCACACGGGACGCCGCGGCUCCCGGCCCGUGAUGCGCGUGCCGGCGGGCAGGUUCCUGCUCAGCAAGGCCUACUUCAAGGGCCCCUGCCGGAGCGCCGCGGGCGUGGUGGUGGCCAUCGACGGCACCGUCUUCGCGCCGCCGGCCGUGGACAGCACGGCGUGGAUCAUGUUCCACUACGCCGACGGCCUGGCGAUCCGCGGCGGCACGCUGGACGGGCAGGGCCGCGCGCACUGGGCGUGCAGGGCGGACCCCGGACGGAAAUGCCCGCCAGGCACCACGACGCUGGACAUUAGCCAGUCCAAGGGCGUGAGCAUCAAGAAGGUGACGCUACUGGACAGCAAGAACGUGCACAUGUCCAUCUACGACUCCACGGGCGUGACCGUCCAGGGCGUCAGGAUCGUCGCGCCGGCCGACAGCCCCAACACCGACGGCAUCCACGUCCAGCUCUCCAGACACGUGAACAUCCUCGGCACCACCAUCGGCACCGGCGACGACUGCGUCUCCAUGGGGCCCGGCACCUCCGACGUGCUCAUCAGGAACAUCAAGUGCGGCCCCGGACACGGCAUCAGCAUCGGGAGCCUGGGAGGGGAGGCCGGCGAGGAGGGGGUGAGGAACGUGACGGUGGAGGCGGCGGUGCUGACGGGCACGCAGAACGGCCUGCGGAUCAAGACCUGGGGGAAGCCCAACCGCGGCUCCGUCACCGGGGUCGUCUUCUCGCGCGUCACCAUGCGCGGCGUGCACAACCCCAUCGUCGUCGACCAGAACUACUGUCCCGGCUACGACCAAUGCCCCGGCAAGAGCUCGGGGGUGCGGAUCAGCGACGUCUCGUACACGGACAUCGAGGGCACGUCGGCGACGCCGGUGGCCGUGAAGUUCGACUGCAGCGGCAGCAACCCCUGCACCGGGUUCAGGCUCAGCAACAUCAGGCUAACGUACGAGGAUAAGACGGCGCAGUCCUUGUGCCGGAACGCCGACGGGUCGGCGUCGGGGGUGGUCAGCCCGCGGAGCUGCCUCUGA